AUGGUUAAAAAUGCAUUUGUUGGUCGAGAUCAUGUUAAUAAACGCGUGACAAUUUAUGGGAUUAGUAAAGGUUUGCGGAAUUGGGGGUAUCAAUUUAUAAAGGAUGAUGAAACUACGCCACCAAACACUAUGGAGGAG